AUGCAACCAAUCGGAAGCCUCUUGGCAAACAAUUUUUCCCGGACAUUCUCAUUAUGUGUACUGUACAUUGGGCUCUGUGUGGCACAAGUUGUAAUUAGAGAGUCCUUUCCCAAUGAUUGCAGCCGAUUCUACGAAACACGUGAGCUGAAAUGUCCGCCGGAAUUUCACUGGAACUCCCAAAGGCAACAAUGUGAUUUGAAAAGUGUCGCCGGCUGUUCCUCUACCUUAACGAUACCGAAUUGGAAUGACGUCGAGGGUAUUAACCCGAUUUCGAACCAAAAACUGGAACCAGAAAAGCAGAAUCUUUCAGGAGUUUGUAACAAGCAACUCGGACAGUUGAUCGCUUAUCCAGGUGAUUGCACCCGCUUCAUUCAGUGUGAUUAUCUGCCCUUUGUGAAGACCUGUCCGCAAUAUCUCUAUUGGAACUCCCAGCUACUUACGUGCGAUAAGAUUUGUGUUUAAUGGCUUUAAAG